AUGAGGAAAUAUGUUUCAACACCAAUUGAUGAGAAGAUAGUUGAAAUUAUAGGAGAUGUACCUAUUUUUGGUCAACCACAUAUAGCUGAACCGGUUAUUAAAUUUGAAGAUCAUGAAAUUUGUAUAGAUUCUUCUAAUUUUCAUAUUUUACAGCCAUUAGUUCAAUCAGAAAAUAAAUGUGAAACAAUAGUGUCAACUGAUGUUUUACCCUUAGCUUUACCAUCGGAGGCAUUGGAAGAUAAAAAUAAACGAAUCAAUGAACCUAUUCAAUUAACUAAUAAAAAAAGUAAGCUUGAUAUAUUUAAAAAAUCUGCUGAAAAUUCAUUAAAAAUGCGUUAUGCUACUGAAGAGAGAACUUCAGUUCUUAAAGAUUAUUAUGCAGCAAAAUUAAAGCUUUUAGAAAGAAUGGUUAUUGCAAAAGAAAGGAAAGUUGCUUUAAUGGAGAAGUCUGAAUAA